CUCUUUCCUCAUUCCUGGACUUGCAGGAGGACGUUGUCUCAGUCCUGUGACAUCGAAGCCUGUCAUUCUCUCCUCAAGGACCGCCUCAAACUGACCAAGACUCCUUUCUCCAGCCACCUAGAAGAGCCCAGAAUCUUCCACUGUGUGAUGCUGUGGCUCCUGUUGCUGUGUCUGCUCUGGGCAGGGUCCCUGGUUGAGACGGCGGAGUAUGAGCUCAAGUUGACCCCCAGUUCGGUAACAGUACAGGAGGGUCUGUGCAUCUAUGUGUCCUGCCAAGUCCGUUUCCCGGCUUCCAGUAGUUCUGCUUUUGGCUACUGGUUCCAGGAGAAGGCCGAUCCAAACAACCACCCUCCAGUGGCUACAAAUAACCCAAAUCUACCAGUUCAGAAGGAAGCUCAAGGUCGAUUUCAUCUCAUGGGGGGCCCAGAUACCCGUAACUGCUCCCUGGAGAUCAGAGACGUGAAGAGAAGUGACACACAAGUCUACUUCUUCAGGGUGGAUGACGGUAACAAAGUGAAGUACAGUUUUAAGGUUCCGAAGAACUUGAUGCUCUCUGUGAAUGUGAUAGCUCUGACUGCGACCCCUAACUUCCAAAUUAUGCCUACCCUGGUGUCUGGCACUUCCACCCAACUGAUCUGUUCUCUGCCCUGGGCUUGUGAGAGGGGAACACCCCCCGUCUUCUCCUGGAUGGCAUCUGCCCUCACCUCCCUGGGCCCUGGGACCACCCUCUCCUCAGAGUUGAAGCUCACACCCCAGCCCCGGGACCACGGCACUAACAUCACCUGUCAGGUGGCCUUCCCUGGUGUUGGUGUCACUGUGGAGAGGACUGAACAACUCAAUGUCACCUAUGCUCCACAGAAGCUGACCAUCAGGGCGUCCCGGGCAGAGAACACAGAACCUGAAACCCUGCACAGUGGCUCAUCUCUGCAUAUCCAAGAGGGUGAGUCCCUGCGCCUGGUCUGUGCUGCCGACAGCAACCCCCCUGCCAUGCUGAAGUGGGAGCAACAGACCCAGAAGCACAUCCAGCUCUCCAACGAGGAACUAUGGCUGCCAAGGGUGGAGUUGGAAGACCAUGGAAAAUAUGUCUGUGGAGCUCAGAACAGUCUAGGUGCUCAGGUGGCCUCUGUGAGCCUCAUCAUAAGGAGUUUUCUACAGCUGCUGGCACCCUCCUGCUCCUGGGAAGCUGAGGGUCUCCACUGCAGCUGCUCCUCCAGAGCCUGGCCCGCCCCCUCCCUGCGCUGGUGGCUGGGGGAGGGGCUGCUCGAGGGGAACAGCAGCAACAACUCCUUCCAGGUCACCUCCAGCUCCUCAGGACCAUGGGCCAACAGCUCCCUGAUCCUCAGCAAGGAGUUCAGCGCUGGUCACAGACUCCGUUGUGAGGCUUGGAACUACAAUGAGGUUCAGAGUGCCACUGUGUUGCUGCUGCCAGGUCAAGAGGUCACAAAGGACAAACCAGAACCCAGUAUAGGAGUGCUCCAAGGGGCCGUGGGAGGAGCUGGUCUCAUGGCUGUCUGCCUCUGCCUCAUCUUCUUCAUCGUGAAGCUCCUCAGAAAGAAAUCAGCCCUGAAAGUAGCAAGCAUCGAAGGCAAUCCUCCUGCUGGGAGCCCUGUCUCAAGCAUGAUUUCGUCUGGCAUUUUGGGUCACCUGAAUGCAUCAGAGUCACAAAACCAGAAAGAUCGGCCACCUUUUGCCACAGUCCUACACACUCUCGCGGAUGAGCCUGAACUCCACUACGCCUCCCUUUCCUUCCAUAACCUGAAGCCCAGGCAGCCUCAGAACACGGAGACCAUCAAGUCUGAUUACACCGAGAUCAAGAUCCGCAAGUGCUGACACUCCUUGUGCCAGGUGUCCCAGCACUGCCUGGCGUCCCAGGAAGGCAUGGCUGAGGACAGCGUAAGUUAGGGGCAGAUUGUGAUGAUCAGUGGCUUCCUAAGCCAAGGGUUAUGAAGGGGCAGGAGGGAGUCUUAGGAGGAAUGAAGGUCACAGGGUUCCUGGGUUCAAGUCCAGAUUUAGUGUUAUUCCCACAGCAGCAGCCUUUCCUCGUGUGGCCUCUCUUCAUUCUCUGUAAAGUAGGGUCGUAUUCAUAAGGUGUGACAAGGAGAAAAUGCAAUGUUUAUUAUUAAUUGUGUUGCUUUAUGUUGCCUCGGCAGUGGGAGAAAAUUCUGACAUUAUUACAUACUUGAAUUUUACUUGUAUAUUUUAAAGAAUAUAUGUUAAUUCUUAAAGUGAUUCUGUUUUUCGUUUGUUUGUUUGGUUAGUUUGGGGUUGGGGGGAGCUUCUAUUGGAAAUAGAUUCUUUCUUAUACAGUAUAUCCUCAUUACAGUUACUGCUCCCUCUAUUCUGCUCAGUUCCUCCCACCUCCUCUCCCAUCCAGAUCCAAUCCACUCCCUUUCUGUUUCAUUAGAAGAGAACAGACUUCCAAUAGAUAACAACAAAACAUAAAAUAAAAUGCAAUAAGCUAAAACAAAACCAUCACCAAAAGUUGGACAAGCCAAACCAACAGAAGGAAAAGAACCCAAGAGAAGACACAAGAAUCAUGCACACACUCAGGAGUUCUAUAAAAAUACUAAACUGAAAUUUUUAGAAUAUAUGCAGAGGACCUGGUGUAGACUCAUGUAGGCCCUGCUUGCUGCUUCAGUCUCUGUGAGCUUCUGUGAGAUUUGCUCAGUUAAUUCAAAGGGCCUUGUUCUCUCCCUGGCUCUUACACUCCUCUUUCCAGCCCUCUUCCACAGGGUUCCUUGAGAUCUGAGGGGAGAAAUUUGAUGGAGACAUUCCAUUUAGAGUUGUUUGUUCCAAGAUCUCUCCCUCCCCGCAUAUAGUCUGACCGUGGGUUUCUACACCUGUUCCUGUCUUCGGCAGGGAAGAGAUUCUCUGAUGACGGCACUGAUCUAGGAGUCCAGCAGGAUAUCAUUGUUGGGUCUUUAUGUGAUGUGGGUAUCAGGGUAACCAUGGCUUAGUAAAAUGAAUUGGGUGAUGUUCUUUCUGUUUCUAUUUUGUAAAAUAGUUUGAGGAGUAUUGACAUUAACUCUUCUUUGAAAAUCUUGUAGCAUUCUGGGUUAAAAUCAUCUGAACCUGGGCUUUUUUUUUUGAUUGGGAGAUUUUAAUGACUUCUAUUUCACUCAGGGUUACAGUUCCAUGUAAGCUGCUUAUCUGAUCUUGACUUACUUUGGUAAAGAGUAUUGUUCGUAUAAAGGUUAAUA